AUGGAUAGAUUAAAACAAUUAUCUGGUCAAUUAAGUCCUUCAUCAAAAAAUUCUUUAACUGCCAAAAAUCCUGAUGAUGUUGUUAUAGUUGGUGCUUAUAGAACUGCUAUAGGUAAAGGUUUUAAAGGUAGUUUUAAAUCAGUUGGUACCGAAUAUAUUUUAAAAAAUUUUCUUGAAGAAUUUAUUAAAAAAACAGGAGUUGAUCCAAAUUUAAUAGAAGAUGUUGUUAUGGGAAAUGUUUUAAAUCAAGCUGCUGGUGCGACCGAACAUAGAGGUGCUGCAUUAGCUGCUGGUAUUCCUUAUACUGCUGCAUUUUUAGCUGUUAAUAGAUUAUGUUCAAGUGGUCUUGUUGCAAUUUCUGAUGUUGCUAAUAAAAUUAAAUGUGGUGAAAUUGAAUGUGGUGUUGCUGGUGGUAUUGAAUCAAUGUCUCAAUAUUAUCAUAAAGCAAUGCCUAAAAUUGAUCCUCAUUUAGGAGAUGAUGAACAAAUGGCUAAAUGUCUUAUUCCAAUGGGUAUUACUAAUGAAAAUGUUAGUAAUCAAUUUAAUAUUUCAAGAGAAAAACAAGAUGCAUUUGCCGCUGACUCAUAUCAAAAAGCUGAAAACGCUAUUAGUCAAGGUUUAUUUAAAGAUGAAAUUCUUCCAAUUAAAUCAAUAAUUAGAGAUGCUGAUGGUAAUACUAUUAAAGAAGUUGUAGUUGACACUGAUGAAGGUCCAAGAAAAGGUGUUAAUGCUGAAGGUUUAUCUAAAUUAAGACCAGCUUUUGGUGGUUCAACAACUGCUGGUAAUGCUUCACAAAUUUCAGAUGGUGCUGCUGCCGUUUUAUUAAUGAGAAGAUCUUUAGCUGAAGAAAAAGGUUAUGAUAUCCAAGCUAAAUUCAUCGGUUGCCUGGUAGUCGGUGUUCCACCGGAAAUUAUGGGGGUUGGUCCUGCUUAUGCUAUACCUGAAGUUUUAAUUAGAACUGGUUUGAAAGUUUCUGAUAUUUCAGUUUUUGAAAUAAAUGAAGCUUUUGCUGCUCAAUGUUUAUAUUCAGCUGAAACUUGUAACAUUCCAAAAGAAAAAUUAAAUAUUAAUGGUGGUGCUAUUGCUUUAGGACAUCCAUUAGGUUGUACUGGUGCAAGACAAUAUGCAACAAUUUUAAGAUUAUUGAAAAAAGGUGAAAUUGGUUUAACUUCAAUGUGUGUUGGUACUGGUAUGGGAGCUGCUUCAAUUGUUAUUAAAGAAUAA